GUUCGACUCUUCAACGUCAAAACAAUACCUUAAUUUAUUAUAUUGCCUACAAUGCCUAUAGCGAUUACCGAAACUUUAUAGCGUAACUACACCGACCACUGAUGAGUGACAACGCGCGCACGCAAGAUUGUACGGUCACAACAACAUUGAUAAGCCGAUAAUAAUAAUAAUAAUAAUAAUAACACCGUGAACCACCAACAUUAUAAUAAUAUUAUAUGUUGCAGUCAGAUUGUCGGAAUAAUAAUAUUACGUUCGACGGCAAUAAUAAUAACAAAAAAAAAAAAAUCGUACCCGUUCGACGACGACACGAAUGACGAAUCGCGCGAUCGGCGGCGCCCGAGAAUGAUGUCAGUGGCCGUCCGACGGAAUCAUCGCAGUGACGCUGUAGAAAUCAGGUAGCAGCCGUAACGAAUGCCUCCGGCGUCGGCGUCCAUGGAACAUCUAGGCCCAGGUUUUGGAAGUCCCAACUUGCGAAAUCCCUACUCGCCGUCCCGGACCACAAAGUUCCACGGCCCGAACGCCUCGUACGCGAACACCACCGCCUCGUCGUCAUACUACAAAAACAAGUACACCACCCAGCACCAGGCGGCCGCCGCCAACCUGCCACUAUGGACAGCCAUAUACAACUAUGAGGCGCAGGGCGAGGACGAGCUGAGCCUCAAGCGUGGUGACAUUGUCGAGGUGCUGUCCACAGACGCCAAGAUAUCUGGCGAUGAGGGUUGGUGGACGGGAAAGCUCGGCGACAAGGUGGGCAUAUUCCCAGCCAACUUUGUCACCGAGAACAAUAUUUUGGAGAACGUGACUACAGUGGUGGGCAACGCACACAUCACCGAAAUUGAUUUCGGAGAGCUCGAGCUAGAAGAAGUCAUCGGCGUUGGCGGUUUUGGCAAGGUUUACCGUGGCUAUUGGAACAACAAGGAGGUGGCCGUCAAAGCUGCACGCCAGGACCCCGAUGAAGACAUCAGCGAGACAGUGAAGAAUGUUAAACAAGAAGCCAACCUGUUUUGGCUGCUAGACAACGAGAACAUUGUGUCCAUGUUGGGCGUUUGUUUGCAAAUUCCAAAUCUGUGCCUCAUAAUGGAGUAUGCCCGAGGGGGUUCACUUAAUCGUGUACUGAUGGGACGGAAAAUACGACCAGACGUACUUGUUGAUUGGGCCAUACAAAUUGCCAGAGGCAUGAACUAUCUGCACAAUGGUGCGCCAAUAUCAUUGAUUCACAGAGACUUAAAAUCAUCAAAUG